UUCUCCUUCCCACACAACGCCCGGGAUCGCCCGUGUGCUGCUUUCGCCCGCCCGGCCUGCCUGCCUCUCGCCCAACGCCGGGCUGAUCAUGCUGGGGACCCGCCGCGACCGGCUGCUCAUCCUGCUGCUUCUCGGGGCGCUGCUCAGCGCCGAUUUCUACUUCCACCUCUGGCCCCAAAUGCGGCGCCGCCUCGGUCCGGCCGAGACGGUGGAGCCACGCUGCUCCUGCCCCGCCGAAGCCGCUGCCGCUGCCACCGCCGCAGCCGCUCCAAAGCUCCGGACUCGGCCGCCGGCCGGCGCGUCCGCCAACCGGAGCAGCCAGGCCAACCACUCCAAGCUGAGGAGGCUCUUCGCGCACCCGCUCUACAGCGCCCCCGAGAGGCCGGCGGAAAAGCUGCUCAACGGGCAGGAGACGCUGCGCUACUACCGGCGGAAAAUAGCCCGCUGGAACAGAAGGCAUCAGGUUUAUAGAGAAGAGCGCAACCUAACCGUGGGUUCAGUGGUUCAGCUCAGACACGAGGCAAGCUGGUUUCAGUUCCACCUGGGGAUCAAUCGCCAUGCCUUGUAUCCACGGGCCAGCUCUAUGGUGGAUCAACUCCUUAGGGACACACAGAAGUUUAGUACUAUCAGUGCUGAUUACAGCCAGGAUGAGAAAGCUUUGCUCGGGGCCUGUGACUGCUCCCAAAUUGUAAAGCCCAGUGGGGUGCACCUGAAACUUGUUUUGCGUUUCCAAGACUUCGGGAAAGCCAUGUUCAAACCAAUGAGACAGAAACGAGAUGAGGAGACUCCGGAAGAUUUUUUUUACUUUGUUGACUUUCAGCGACACAAUGCAGAGAUUGCUGCCUUCCACCUAGACAGAAUCCUGGAUUUCCGUCGCGUCCCUCCAGCAGCUGGGAGAAUGAUUAACGUCACAAAAGAAAUUUUAGAAAUUACAAAGAAUGAAAUCUUACAAAGCGUCUUUUUUAUUUCCCCAGCCAGCAAUGUCUGCUUCUUUGCGAAGUGCCCUUACAUGUGCAAAACAGAAUAUGCCGUCUGUGGGAAUCCUCAUCUCUUGGAAGGUUCCCUCUCGGUUUUCCUGCCUUCUCUCAACUUGGCACCACGAAUCUCCAUCCCUAAUCCGUGGAUCCGAUCCUACACCUUUGCAGGAAAAGAGGAGUGGGAAGUAAAUCCUCUCUAUUGCAAUACCGUGAAGGAGAUUUAUCCUUACAGCAGUGGCAGCCGGCUACUCAAUAUCAUUGACAUGGCCAUAUUUGACUUCUUAAUAGGUAACAUGGACCGCCAUCAUUAUGAGAUGUUUACAAAGUUUGGAGAUGAUGGGUUUUUGCUUCAUUUGGAUAACGCCAGAGGAUUUGGGAAACAUUCCUAUGAUGAGAUCUCCAUCUUGGCUCCACUUAAACAGUGUUGUAUAAUAAAGAAGAUCACCUUGUUAAGGCUGCAGCUUUUAGCCAAGUCAGACUACAAGCUGAGUGAUAUCAUGAGGGAGUCCCUCCUUCAAGACCGCCUUGCCCCCGUGUUGACUGAAGCCCACCUUCUGGCAUUGGACAGGAGGUUACAGAUUAUCCUGAAAACUGUGGAGAAAUGCAUAGAGGCCUUUGGAGAAGACACUGUUGUAGCUGACACAAAGCCUUUGGAACCUGUGGCUUUUGACAGAAUGACACAGCCAAGCUAGAGUCAAGGAGAAAAAAAACCUAGAACCUGAACUUGAAAUGAUUGCGCUUCCUUAAUCUGGACAUUAAAACGUGAGAGGAAGGCAAUCAUGGCAGAAUCAGGAAACCACUGGGUGGUUGAAACCUGCAGCUUUCGCCUCAAAUUUAUAGAUGGGAAUCACAUACACAUCACAAUCUUCCUGCCUCUUCUCCAAGAGAUUGAAGAUAUAUCAUCUUCUGUAACUACCAAACGAUGUCCUUCUCAGGAUUUGCCUGGGCUCAUCAUGGCUAGAUUUGAUUGGUGGGUUGAAUAAAGAAAGGGAGAGGCACUAAAGAAACAUUUCUGGAAUGCAUCCACAUUGAGAUUUAGGAAAAUAUUAAUAAGGUGGGCCUGUACCUCCUCAGGGAUGUUUAGUUUAUGGAGAACUGUAGUAGAAACUGUAACACAACUGUAGAAGCAGCCCUUGGCAAAAGCAAGCCAUGAAAAAGUGCUGAUGUGGCAGACAUUCUGGCUCUAACCUAGUUUAGACAACUCCACAAUAGAAAGAAAGAAAAGCUACUUUAAGGCAUAAAAUUCCACCCGUCUCAAGGUUGCCAAGGAAGGGGAAAUUGUUCUUUCUUUUGUGUAAAGGAUCCAUCAAUUUGGGGUUGCACUGUGGGUGCCUUCAGAUGAUUCCAGAUGUCCUUGAUAUCAAGGCAAUGCAUAUAAGCUGCAAUUUUACAUUAUAGCACUUGCCACUGAAAUCUUUCCAGCCAUUUACUUUGGAAUAAUGAAGAAUAAGACUAGCAUCUUGAUUGAUGUCUCACCACCAGCUAGCCGUAGCAAUGCUUUUUCAAGCAAACAGUAUCAUCAUAGUGGAAGUUGAACUCACUCUCUCUCUCUCUCUCUCUCUCUCUCUCUCUCUCUCUCUCUCACACACACACACACACACACACACACACACACACACACACACACACACACACACACAGCAAACAGAAUAUGGACUGUGAAGGAAAUGUACCAAGGUAAUCUACACCAACUCUAAAAGCACUGGAAACACAUAUGGAAGUUGAAAAAAGAUUUUGCACCACAAUGCUUUUUCAGGAUGCUAGCCAACUGCACACACUUCCCAUCCAUUUUCAGACUCCCCCCCCCUUUUUUUUUUUUGCCAAUAAUCACCCUUUAACACUUUAUAAGCAUGGUGUCAACUGACUGUGGGUACUGAAUUUGGUAGUUUUUUAUUCCCCCGUUCUAACUAUCUGGUACUGGUAAGGGAAACACUAAGGCUGGCAGCUCAAUGGCAGGUCUUCUGGUCUACAUCUCAUUGAAGAUGGGUACGAUGCCGAUAAUGCAACCAAGGUGUUUGAGGAAAUUAGAUAUCAACUGUUGCAGUUUCUUUCCCUGGUAAAUUUAUGCAAGAUUAAAAUACAGAUUUUUUUUAAAAGUCUGGUCAUCGAAACCAUCCCCCCCACCCCUACCCUUUCAAAUAAACUUCAGUUUACCCAGUACCUCUUCAAAAUAAGGUUUAGUACACCAAGGAAUACUGACAAUUCCAUGAGUUGCCCCUAGUCCUUCUAGUAAUUCAAAACAUUUGUUGGUUUCACAUCUGAAAUCAAUCUCUGUUGAAGAUUUCUUGCAUUGAUCAUGGACUUUAACAGCACAGAUGCAGCCUAUACAUGUCUCUAAUGUUUGUGGGGGGCAAUCUGGGCAGAUUAGCUUGUCCCCCCCCCACCAUCCCCAAGGAUUAUCAUUAGGCUUUGGCAAAGUCAUUCACCAUAGGAGGUAUGAAGAUGGAACUAUAAAGAGCAACAAGUCGAAAAUCUAGUGUCAACUGCCAUCCGAUGUUGGGAGUUUCACACGAUCUUCCAAACCUCAUCUGGCAACUUUCUGAAAUUCCAACAGCUUCGUUAUUACUACUGUAUUACCCAUGGAGGUUGGGAAUUCUGGUGUAGGUAUUUGGAGAGUACAAGCUAGGAAAAAAACUUCAAUUUGAGGUAUACUUGGUGUAUUCCAGUUUUAACAACGAAAGCACCAUAUUAUCCCUAUCUUAAAACCUAUAUUUUUUAUCAUUUGUAAGCAAUUAACAUACCAAAGCUAGAUCUUCUACAAAUAGGAAAGGUGGAAAUUCACUUUCCAAUUGUUGUCUAUGGAUGCACAAAAGUAUUUAUUGUAAAAGUCCUUGGGUAGCAUAGCAAACGCUGCAAACCUCCAAUUGCUGUUUGAAAGGAUACUCAAUCAUCAAUUCGACAACUUUGGGAAAAUUACCUAGAGACUCCAUAAACUUCCCUGGAAAUACUUAAUAUUUGAGUAUCGUGUAACGUUGAUAACCAAAGUUUACGAACUUUGAUUAUCACUUCAGCUCGAUUACCAUCUUUGAACAAUGGUUCAUCAAAGAGUAUUAAAUUGGUUAUAUUAUUUAAGUCAAUGAUUGUACAGUAUUUCAGCUCCCUCUACUGAUAAGUUUCCAGAUAUGAAGAUUUAAAACAUUCUUCAAAUAAAAUGUCUGGUUCCAAGGCCCAUGGGAUUACAGGAAUGCAUCAGCAUAGUCACUUUGGAUCUCAGGCAGUAAAAGCUGAUCAGUUUCCAUAAAGUAGUCACUAUCUCCGGUGAUCUAUUUUUUGGCAUUUUUGCAUGUUUUUAAUGCUAACAACAAUUAUAUGAGAGGUUUAGGAGUGGGUUUCUCUCAAUACAGGAAGUUUAAAUAUUAACUUGGUGUACUUCAUCACUCAUGAGUGUAUAAAAGGAAAAACCCAGGGUGAAUUUGUUGGCCAUAAUGAAACACUUGAAGUCUACCCGGAUACUUGAUUAUCAAAAGGAAUAAUAAUCCCCUACAAUAUUAAACACCCCAAUACAUUGUUUCUUAUCAAGUGAUCUUAUAAACUGUUUAUAUUUAUGAAAGUCAUGUUUUCUUGCCCUGGUUGAUGCCAAAGCAUCAGAAGAUUCAUUUACUUGACAAUCAGCACAUAGUUCAUUUUUAAAACUUAAAGCAGAGCCCAUGUUUAUUAAUUGCUCAUCAUUAAGUGACCUGCAAAAUAUACUAAUGGUUGAUUCGAA